UUUUCUCCCUCUCAUUCUCCAAGUCUCGAGUCUCACAUACAAAGAAGGCACAGACACCACGUCUCCUACAUCGCCACCCCCAACGCCACAUUCUCACUUUUCUCUGUAAAACCCUAAUUGUUGAUUCCUCCUUUCUCCUUCCCUCCAUCGCCCUCUCUCUAUACAUACACUUGUCGAUUCUUUCGACGCUCGAUCCACUUUCAACACUCCUCCAAAACCCUCCCUUUCUUCCUUCAGCUCUCAACCACAUCUCUCUUUCUCUCGCUGAAAUUUGUUGCUUAUUCGUUCUUGAUUACAAGAUCCGUGUUGAUUGUUUUUUUGCUUGCUUCUUCUUUUAAUCGCCGGAUUUUAGGGUUUCGGAGUAUAAUUCCUGGAGUUCUGGUCAAGGCUGGCGGGCAUUCUGUUCAAGUAAAUGACGGAUCCGCCAAGUAUCCGCCCACUUUUAAUUGCUGCCUUUUGUUGUCUCUGUUUCGUGGAGGAGUUGGAGUUGAUAGGGUUACAUAGAGGUGAGGGAAGAGAAGAGUGAAAAAGCAUGCUGAGUGUGCUACGCGUGCACCUUCCGUCGGAUAUUCCCAUUGUAGGCUGCGAGUUAACGCCCUACGUCCUUUUACGGCGACCUGACAAGACCGCCACAACUGACGAUGUCCCUGAGUCCGCCCCUCUCGACGGUCAUUUCUUGAGAUAUAAGUGGUAUAGGAUACAAAGUGACAGAAAAGUUGCUGUAUGUAGUGUACAUCCUUCUGAGCAAGCCACAUUGCAGUGCCUAGGUUGUGUCAAGUCCAAAAUACCUGUUGCCAAAAGUUACCAUUGCUCUCCCAAGUGCUUCUCUGAUGCAUGGCAGCAUCACCGUGUUUUACAUGACCGUGCUGCAAGUGCUGUAAAUGAAAAUGGAAAUGAGGAGGAGGAGUUAUUUGGUCGCUUCAAUAGCUCUGGUUCUGGAGCUAUUAAUACUAGUUUGUCUGGUUCUGCAUCAAGUGCUAGCUUGACGAAUGGUUCUGCACCUUUAUAUCCCGCAGCAGUUACACAAAGAAGUGGUGGUGAAACUUGGUUUGAAGUUGGGCGUUGUAAAACAUAUACUCCAUCAGCUGAUGAUAUUGGCCAUGUUCUAAAGUUUGAAUGCGUUGUGGUAGAUGCUGAAACUAAAUUACCUGUUGGACAUGGCAACACCAUUCUAACCUCCCGUGUGAUUCCUGCUCCUUCGCCCACUCCAAGACGAUUGAUUUCAGUCAGUGGAGUUGAUGUGAUUGGGCAUUUGGAUUCAGAUGGCCGUAUUUCAUCUUCAGGAAACUUUACUGUACUUUCAUACAACAUUUUGUCUGAUGUUUAUGCAACAAGUGAGACGUACAGCUAUUGUCCUUCAUGGGCUCUUUCUUGGCCAUAUCGCCGGCAGAAUUUGCUUCGGGAAAUUGUUGGAUAUCGCGCAGAUAUUGUUUGUCUUCAGGAGGUUCAAAGUGAUCAUUAUGAGGAGUUUUUUGCCCCCGAGUUGGACAAACAUGGUUAUCAAGCUCUUUAUAAGAGAAAAACCAAUGAGGUUUACAAUGGAAAUACUCAUACUAUUGAUGGUUGUGCAACAUUUUUUCGCCGAGAUAGGUUUUCUCAUGUCAAAAAAUACGAGGUUGAGUUUAAUAAAGCUGCUCAGUCCUUGACUGAAGCUGUUGUUCCAAGUGCUCAGAGGAAAACUGCUUUAAAUCGUUUGGUCAAGGAUAAUGUUGCAUUAAUAGUGGUUUUGGAAGCAAAAUUCAGUAAUCAAGGAGCUGAUAAUCUUGGGAAACGGCAACUUCUUUGUGUUGCAAACACUCAUGUGAGUGUCCAUCAUGAUCUAAAGGAUGUCAAGCUUUGGCAGGUUCUCACUCUCUUGAAAGGAUUGGAGAAAAUAGCUACUAGUGCGGACAUUCCAAUGUUAGUGUGUGGAGAUUUCAAUUCUGUCCCUGGAAGUGCUCCUCAUUCACUUCUUGCUAUGGGGAAGGUAGAUUCGUUGCAUCCAGAUUUAGUUGCAGAUCCUCUUGGAAUCUUACGUCCUCACAGCAAGCUUACACAUCAGUUACCUCUGGUCAGUGCUUAUUCAUCUUUUGCAAGACUGGGCGUUGGUCUUGGUCUGGAGCAGCAACGGAGGAGAAUGGACCCUGGAACAAAUGAACCCUUAUUUACAAACUGCACCAGAGAUUUUCUUGGCACUCUAGAUUACAUAUUUUACACAGCGGACUCUCUGACGGUGGAGUCCUUGUUGGAACUCUUGGAUGAGGAAAGCUUGAGGAAAGACACAGCUCUUCCUUCUCCAGAGUGGUCCUCUGAUCAUAUAGCACUUUUAGCUGAAUUUCGAUGCAAGUCUAGACAGAGACGUUGAUAGUCCCGGGUCGAGAAGACUGAGGGAAAUGAAAGGAAUUAAGCAAGUGUAAGAAUGGGGAGGUCAUGGUCCAUGUGUCAUUUUCGGGGAAUCCCAUAGUGGGAUCCUUGGCCAUGAUCUGCUUUGCUUUGCUUUGUAUCAUGCCAUUGCCAGCUUUUGUCUCAUAGAAAAAAGAUAUGUUAUGGCUUAUUCAACGAGUUUUGUCAUUUUGUUUGGUGAUAGUGAUAGAAAUGCCCACAGGCUUAGUGUAUGUCAUUAUCCUGUACCUUAAGCUCCCCCUACAUAGCAAGUGGUUAGUGGCAUGCUAAUGAAUGCCUCCUAGUUUUGGGUUCAAUCAUCCUUUUGUUCACCCUUUUCUCUAUUUCAGAAAGUAAUAAAUUUUAAUUUUUUUUCUCUAA